AUGAAACCAUCCCUCUUCCGCAACAGUUCUAACACCUUUAUUCUAAGAUACCUGGCACCAGAUAUCAGCUCAAGGACACUCAUGACUAGGGACUGUCUGGGCUCACGAAAGAUCAACAGGCUUUUGGCUAGAGAUUUACUAUACCCGUCCUCGGAAAAGGAAAAGAAAAAAAAAAAACAUAAAAAGAAACAGCUAGUUCAAAGCCCACAUUCCUAUUUUAUGGAUGUACAAGGCCCAGGCUGCUACAAGAUUACCACGGUUUUCAACCAUGCUCAGAUGGUCUUUAUUUGUGCGGGCUGUUCAACAGUGUUGCUGUGCAAGCCAACAGAAGGAAAGGCCAGACUCACAGGGUGUUCUUCACUUAGAAGAAAGCAACACUAA